UUUAGUUUCCUUUAGUUUCCGAGAAGCAUCCGAACCGAAUGGUAGUGGCAGUUCGUGUGCCAGUCACGUUUUCCAGUCCGUUGAGCAAAAAAUCGCCUUUUCCAUCGCAAGCGCAUCGGCGAAGGCGUGUGUGUACUCGCGUAAAGUUCGAUUAGAACGUCGUUGACAACACAUUUUCCACAACGAUAAACCUGCAGUGCCGCGGGGGUGAUUUGUAUGUUGAAAUCCAGGUGGAUGUGAAAACGUGAAAACAUAUGUGAGCGGUGUGUGAAUUUGGAUUAGAAAUAUGAAUGAUCGUGAAAAGUGUGUUCGUUCACGAAAGUGUUCAAGUGUGCUUUAAUAAUUGAGAUAGCACCAGCAUAAUUGAUUCGAUUAUUACUACGCACAGCAAAGCGGAAGAAAGAAAAGAAAAACCUAUUGCGUAUUUCGUUUGUGCGUUGUGAUGUUGUACGUGCAUUGAAUAAAUAACGAACGGGGAACAACAACAUUAUUUACAUCCGGCGUGGAACGUCAUGCACAUGCAUUUGCCUGAAAUAGAUUUACAAAGCUUCGGAAGCUUCAACCAAUCUAGCAAUCAAUUUGACAUUAUUCACUAACCUCCGCCGGUUGUGAUAAGCACGGCAGGUACGGCCAUAGUUAGUUUUCCACGCCUUUACACCAAAUCAUGAGAACCGGCCGUGUACUGCUGGUGUAGGUUGCACACGUGUGAGUAGUGCGUGUAGUAGUUGUGGGUUGGCGGGAAAAAGUGUAGUGUAUGUGAGCCAUCAUUGUUCCAGCUACUAGUGCGCCACCACCUGUUUUGCGGCACGUUGCGCUUGCACACGUUGUACCCUCUGCUCACUGUCCCUGGAGCUUGGUGGGGGAAACGAUUGCAUAAACGCACUCAACUCCCCAACACGGCCGCUGCCAGCAAGUGCUCCCUUAAGCAGCGACUCACGAUGGAUUUGCACAAGCAUUAGAGCUGGAUUACGCUUCAUUUUGUCUGCUGGUUGAUCGAAAUAAGCACAACAAACAAACCAACCAAGAAGUAAGACGAGGCACAGAAAUAAAAAUAAAAUGAGAUAAAUAACCCGGCGCGAAGGUGUUAAUCUGAUUCUAAAAUCCCGGUCACUGUACACGGAACCAGACGGAGCACACUACCGAGAAAAAAAGGGGAGUGUCUCCCCCUAAGAAGCCUCCCGAAAAGACCAAAGUUCGAGAGCAAAAAGAGACGAGACGACUUUGUACCUGGACAGAACGAAACGCGCACAAAAUGUCGGACAUUUGUGACUUCGAGUGGUCCAACAAUCGGUACCGACAUAAUCUGACCAUAUCGGAGCUCAAGCUGGGCUUUAAUCGGAACGAACCGACCGACCGUAGCCGGGCACUGAUCGCACUGAAGGAGUUGAUCGGGGCGAGCAGAGAUUAUGCACUGAAGGAUAAAUCCUGCUUUCAGGACGAUGAGUUCCUGUUUCGGUUUCUGUAUGCGCGCAAAUUUAACGUGAACGAGGCGUUCCAGCUGAUCAUCAACUAUCACGCGUACCGGCAGCGGAAUGCGGCCAUCCUGCAGCGUUUGUCGGUGUUGGAUGAGACGAUACAGAUCGCGCUGCGGGAUGGGUUCCCGGGCGUGCUGCCGAACCGGGAUCGGAGAGGGCGUAAGGUGCUGGUGUUCUUUACCGCCAACUGGGACUAUGCGUCCUACUCACUAGUCACUGUGUACCGGGCGAUGCUGCUCACGAUUGAGAAGCUGCUGGAGGAUAAACAGAAUCAGGCGAACGGGUUUAUCGCGAUCGUGGACUGGACCAACUUCACCUUCCGGCAGUCGUCCAACUUGAAUCCGAAGGUGUUGAAGCUGAUGAUCGAGGGAUUACAGGAUUGCUUCCCGGUACGAUUUAAAGCGAUCCACUUCAUCGGCCAACCGUGGUACGUCGAGGCAGCCCUAGCCGUAAUUCGACCCUUCCUGAAGGAAAAGACCCGCGACCGGAUAAAACUGCACGGCAGCAAUCUGUCCACCCUGCACGAUUGUGUUGCGCGGGACAUCCUGCCAACCGAGCUCGGUGGUGAAGGACCCACCUUCAACCCGCUCAACUGGUACCACGAGCUGCUGGAAUCAAGUCAAACCGUCACCAAACCGGCACCCUCGUACUGUCUCAGCCAAACGCAGAUCUACACCAAAACACCAGCCCAGUUCGUUCCAACCGUCGGCAGCCAUCGGAAGGGGGCCGACCUUUCGCCAGCCCCGUCCCGCACGCCAUCACCACCUUCCUCGCUAUCGUCAACGAAUGGGGCCGAAUUUCUGAAAGCGGCCACCAAAGCGGCUGCCGUCAAGAUCGGUGUCCUGACGGCGAAAGCGAACGAUCCGGCAGCGAACACCCUGCUCGGCGUGACGACCGGCGCUGGCGGAUGUGAUUUGUGACCUUGCGGCGUGGUAAGAACGGUGGGCGUGUAUCCCGCUAAAGACUGGAUCGUUUCGAUGACCGACGGUGGUCAGCACUGCGCUAUGAUGAUCUCAUAUCAGGUACAGAAACGUUCCUGGUGGUAACGGCUGUCAAACCGGUAAGGAUGGAGGACGGGAUGAGUUGGAUCGGGUGGAGGUGGGUUUAGGAAGACAAGUGGAACCGAUGCGGAAUUUCUGCAAGCUGAUGUAUCCUCGUUUAGAACACACUCAAAAAUCCCAACAGAUGGCGCUUGAAGCCUCAAAUGUCAUGCUUACUUAGUAACAUGGCUAUUUUUUCCUCUCACUUCACGCGUUCUCUCACCCUCUCUCUCUCUCACUCUCUCUCUCUCUCUGCUUUGUUAUCUUAAGCAUUUUUGUCCUGUUAUGAUCAUAAUCAUGUGAGGUAUUACAGCCGCUGUAGACACUCUUUGUCUCCUUUUUAGUACUUUGGACGAUCGCAAAGGAACUUGGGAUAUAAUCUUAGCCCCUCAAAGUAUGCAAUCGCUAUUUUUAUGGUACUGCGAAGUUACUGAGCAUCAGUUUUGUGUCACAUUUUGCCCUAAAAGCCUUAAAAUUUCCAGGAUUUUCUCUACUUGCUUUUAGCUACUACUUCAGAAGGACCUAAUCACCAAUUUCUGGAGGUCUCUUUGGUUCUGUUUUUAAAUUUGUUUGAGCAGAAAUAGAUCUCAAUUUAAAAUCCUUCCACCAACAUUUACCGUUUGAACCGUACCAAACGAAACGGUCAUUCCUGCACGCAACUAACGCCGGCUUCAUACCGAGAAACGUGAAUGUCCUGCAAAGCGUCUUGAUUACCACGAGCACACUUGUUUUUCGUGAGCCUGGGUGUUUACCUGACAACCGUGUCCCAAUUCGUGAACCGAUCGUGACUCAUCGGCACAUACAUGUACACGACCUUCCGUCCAGAGUUUCAGUCUCCGUCUUAAGCGCACUUCCCUACUUCCUCCGAUGGUCAAGGUUACGGCAGUGCGCAAGGUGUGCGUAUCUGUUUACGUCGAAUCACUGCACACCUCGCUCGACCUUCUAUGGAGGACAGCGGUGGACGGUUGGUCCAUUUCUGCAAAACUACCAGCUCCCUUUUUUGGGAAAUGGGUGUCUCCUUCAACUUGACGUCCUUCCAUCAGUAGCUCCAGCCGACGGUUUGGGUUGGCGGUUGGUUGUGAGGAUAAUUUCCGCUUCGAUACUUUACUUCGUGUAGCCAUGGCGAUGACGAUCGCAAGCUGACAAAACAAAAUGCGGUCAGUAAUGUGAGCCCGUGCUAGGUUUGGUUAGGGGAGAAAGGCCUACGGACUUCUUCGGAGACACGUCGGGUGGGCAGGGAGACAUUUUAUCGCGUAUGGUCGGGGAGGGUCGCCGCUACGCGUGACUUACUUACUGCUGGCGACUCUUUCAAGACGGCUUCGUCUAAUGAGGGCGAACGAUGGAAUAGGGCAAGCCUUUAAUGAACCACGAGCUCCCGUAACGGGUGUAUUUGAUUUUAUACUCUCUCAGCGAGCAGUUAGAGCACACUAGAACUUUGCAAGAAUAUAAACACUUUUAACCUAACGCUUAGCAGCAACGCACCAUAUGGCCUUGUAAAGCAUUUUUUCCCCGACGCUUCAUUAAAUGCACAACACUCGUCGUUGUACGAUUAGGCCCUGUGCUUUUGCUCGGCGAAAUGAGGUACAUGCAUAUUUUAAUUUUUCCAACCACCUUCUACGGUGCAAUCGUUUCAGCCGUUAGCGUGCUCCGUGUCGUACGAGUCGGUACGUUGUUGUGGUGGGGUUUGUUAACUGCCACUUGAUCAACUCUAACUAGGGGGUAUGAUGACUCACUUUAACAUAUUAAAUUGCCAGUGCAGUGAGCUGGUGCUUUCUCUAUGCUGCCUCCAAUGUCCCAGCAACGACCAUUGGAAGACAUCUUGAAGAUUGAUUUUUCAAAGUCCGAGUCAAAGUCAAGCCUGCUUCAAAGCGUUUAGGGAAUCAGUUGCUGCUAAACCUUCAGUGGAGCAAAAACCCUUCUUGGACGCAAUCUUGGCCAAAAGAAAAGAAGGAACGAUCUUUUAGUACGGCCUUCUCCGGAAGAUAAAACUUAUAUCGACGCCGUGCUAAGAUGUGCCAACUGAAUGCACUUAAUUGCAUCUCGCACGGAACGAUAAUUACGCCCAUCCGCCUGCUCGAGACACAAAACGGGACAUUUUACGGGCCUGCCGGUUCCUGGUCGAACUACCGGCGAUCGGGUUUGUCACUGGCUUUUAUUUUUCCCUUAAUAUGGUGACCAUAGCAAAAGAGGAAUAGAGCUUAAAAGGA